UCUCUGUACAAACGGUAACAACAGCGCGUCGUGUUCACACGGGGACCGCUUGAUAACAAAUUUUUAGAUAUUUUGAAACGGUUAAAGUUAUUGCUAUUUCAAUUCCGAGCUAUUAUUAUUCAUUUUGAAUUUAUUCACGGCAAACCAAAUAAGAGCUAACCGCGAAUGCAUAUCAUAAGUAAACUCGGGAAAUGCAGAAAAAAUUUUACUGCGACAAGUGAAUUAAAGUGUAAAAAUCUAUGAAAAUACGUUGUUAGUUUGCAAAUAAAGUUUGCUAACAAAAUUGUUUUUUAAAAAGGUUAAUCCAGAUACACCGCCAAAAUUGAUUUCCGUCGCAUCAAAAUCUUUACCUCAAAACUGGAUUAUAAUAAAUCCGUUGAUAUUGGAACGCAGCAGGAAAACAACUCUGGGGUAACCAACAAAAUGGUCAAACGAACCGACGGCACAGAAUCUCCCAUACUGGCUGAAGACGCUGGCGAUGGGCACGACAAACCCCGAUUGCGAUACGGAGAAUUGGUUAUACUUGGCUACAAUGGCUACUUGCCGCAGGGCGAUCGCGGCCGUCGACGCUCCAAAUUCGUGCUGCACAAACGCACGGAGCCAAGCGGCGUCAAGCGAUCCAAACACUAUAUCGUACAAUCACCACAGACAUCGAAGGCUAUACUGGAUGCCAACCAGCACUCAAUAUCGUACACACUAUCACGCAGUCAGGCCGUUAUUGUCGAGUACAAGGAGGACACAGAAACGGAUAUGUUUCAGGUGGGACGCUCGUCAGAAUCGCCCAUUGAUUUCGUUGUAAUGGACACGUUGCCCGGUGAUAAGAAGGAUGCGAAGGUAAUGCAGAGCACGAUUUCUCGUUUUGCGUGCCGCAUUUUGGUGAAUCGAUGUGAGCCCGCCAAGGCAAAAAUCUUUGCCGCCGGAUUUGAUUCGAGCAGAAAUAUAUUCUUGGGCGAAAAGGCAACAAAAUGGCAAGAUAAUGUGGAAAUCGACGGUCUGACCACUAAUGGUGUCUUAAUAAUGCACCCCAAGGGCUCGUUCUGCGGCGGCAACGCCAAGUGCGGCCUAUGGCGCGAGUGCUCCGUGGGUGGCGAUGUCUUCAGCCUGCGCGAAUCGCGUUCGGCACAACAAAAGGGUCAGCCUAUCUAUGAUGAAUGCAACAUAUUGCAGGAUGGCACACUCAUUGAUCUCUGCGGCGCAACGCUGCUCUGGCGCUCCGCCGAGGGUUUGCAGCAUUCACCGACCAAACACGAUUUGGAAAAGCUUAUCGAUGCCAUUAACGCGGGUCGUCCACAGUGCCCGGUGGGCCUUAAUACAUUGGUUAUACCACGUAAAGUAAAUAUCAGUGAUCAGGUUAAUCAGCCUUAUGUGUACUUAAACUGCGGCCAUGUGCAGGGUCAUCAUGACUGGGGUCAGGAUGAGAAUACUGGUGCUCGCCGUUGUCCUAUGUGCCUAGAAUUGGGGCCAGUUGUUACCUUAUGUAUGGGCCUAGAGCCGGCCUUCUAUGUGGAUGUGGGUGCACCCACAUUCGCGUUCAAUCCAUGUGGACACAUGGCGACUGAGAAAACUGUCAAGUACUGGGCAAAUGUGGAAAUACCGCACGGAACCAACGGCUUUCAGGCAGUUUGUCCAUUCUGUGCGACACCACUGGAUGGCGCGACUGGCUACAUUAAAUUAAUUUUCCAGGAUAAUUUAGAUUAAAGUUGUAUAUGAAUAUGCACAUCUUUAUAGUAGAUAUGUAUUUGUAGUAAUUGAACAAUGUCGAAGUUUGAAGCAGGCAUGAAAACUAGGCUUUAUUUAUUAUAAUUAAUUAAUUAUAUAUGUAUUAAUACGAAAAAUUCAAGAAAAUAUAAGUUAAAAGAAAGUAAAUUGCAUAUAUAUGAAUUUUGCGAAACUUAAUUGCUUAAUUGCCCUAAUACAAAUGUUUAAUAAUUAUUUCAAUCGCAAUCAUUUACAAUAUCCACUGCAACAGACCCCAACUUGCAUGUCAUAUAUACAAACAUCCAUAUAUUGUUUAAUAACACUUUAUUUCCUACAUCAAUAUUUGUCUGUUGUAUAAAUUAUUUCCAUAGCGAUGAUGAAAAUUGAAUUAACAAGUUUAAUGUGCAUUAAGAAUUUCGAGCUCGUAAUUGAGUUGAAUUGUUUAAUAAAAUUAUACUCCUUUAAGCUAGUA